CAUAACAACAGGUGAAGCCUAUGAUGCUCUGCGCAGAAAGACUGGGAUGGGGGACAGUGAUCUUUCUUUGACUUUUAACACAGACGGCAGUCCUCUCUUCGUGUCAUCCAAAACGUCUGUUUGGCCUAUUCAAUUCACUGUGAAUGAGCUCCCUCCAAGCAUCCGCUUCAAGCACACCACACUAGCCGGACUUUGGUUCGGAAAAGGCCAUCCAAACAUGACUGCCUUCCUCGCAAAGUUUGUUGAUCAAGUCAAAAGCAUGACGCCCGUGAUGUGGGAGCAUAGCUCUGAGAUGCACAGGUCCAGAGCUUAUGUGCUCUGCUGCUGUGUCGACGCACCUGCGAGGGCAGCAGUUCAGAACAUGGUACUUUUCAACGGCUCGUUUGGAUGUCCCUGGUGCCUCAUAAGUGGGGAACACCUGGAAGGAAGCAUGCGCUACGUGCCCAAGGAACCACCGGCUCCAAGAACAUCUGAGCUUGUGGUCCGAGAUAUGCAGCUUUCCUUGAGAUUGGGGAUCACCAUAAAUGGAAUCAAGGGUCCUUCUCCGCUAAUGAAUCUACCAGGAUUUGAUCUUGUGGCCGGAGUGAGCGUCGAGUAUAUGCACGCCGUUCUUCAAGGAGCAGCAAAGCAGUUUACAGAACUGCUGCUUUCUUCAUCCAACUCUCAAAAACGGUUCUACAUAGGAGCACCAUCCUGCGUGGCACGGGUCAACAGCCGCCUCCUCCAGAUCAAGCCACCACACUGUGUGACAAGGCUGCCUCGUUCACUCAACGAGCGCAGUUUCUGGAAAGCGUCAGAGUGGAGACUCUGGCUUCUGUUUUACGCUCUUCCUUGCCUCGUGGACAUUCUGCCUCUGGAGUAUUGGAAACAUCUCUCCAAGCUCUCGCAAGCAAUACACAUCUUGCUACGUGAGACCAUCACAGCCGACGAGAUCAAGCGUGCAGGUAAGCUUCAUACUUUUUUUUCUCCUAUUUGCCUCAUAAAGGUCUUUUUUUUAUACCGUAUGACAGUCUCAUGGGAGUGUCAAGAUCUACCCGCAUUGAUUAGACAGAAUGUUGUGUGUAAAGUCUCAGAGCAUGCAAAUCAGGUAACUGUGGUAGGAAAUCACACCCAAAAAUCAUCCAAUGAGCUGCACGGCAUUUGAAAUUUCAGUUAAUGUUAUGCAUUCAUUUUAUAG